AUGUCGAGCGAAGUUGAAAUGCAACGCCUGGGCGUCAAGUCCUCUACCAACCUCAACGUCUUUGAACAUCAAUCACACAGCCGUACAGGCUCUAAUGGGAGUUUUCAUGGCGGGGUUUCCACAUCCAGGUCCAGUAGGAAGCAUUUGGAGAGAAGUUUUGGAUCACUAUCGAUCCUCUCCCUGUCGGUCACUUUGCUCUCCUCAUGGGAAUCCAUUGCUAAUUCGUUUGAGGAGGGACUUGUUAACGGUGGGCCGGCUGGCCUUGUCUGGGGCAUGGUGUUGUCAAUAACCGGGACGAUGGCGAUGGCGCUAUCGCUGGCCGAGCUGGCGUCCAUGUGUCCGCUGGCGGGAGCACAGUACCACUGGACGGCUUUACUGGCACCCCCGCGGAUUCGAGCAUUCAGUACUUGGAUGCAGGGGUGGAUCACCGUUUUCGGAUGGCAAACAGCAGUGGCAAGUAUUUGCUACCUGAUAGCAACGCAGAUUCAGGGAAUGGUUAUGCUGAACAAUUCGAGCUAUGUGCCUCAACAAUGGCAUGGGACGCUCAUUAUGUGGGCUAUCGUUGUCUUCUCCACCUUCGUUAACAUCUACGGGAUCAAGGCCAUGCCCGCUCUGCAGAUGCUCGGAGGUAUCAUGCACAUCACAUUCUUUAUCGCUAUUGUCAUCCCGAUGCUCCUUCUCGCUCGUCGUAGCACCUCGGAAUUUGUCUUCACGGAGUUGCUGACGACGGAGCAAGGAUGGCAGUCACCUGGCGUUGCCUGGUGUCUAGGAAUGUUGACCGUCACCUAUUGCUUCAUCGGUUUUGACGGUGCCAUUCAUAUGAGUGAGGAAGUGAAAAACCCGGCAGUCGUCAUCCCACGUAUCUUGGUUCAGACCAUCGCCAUAAAUGGCUUAAUGGCUUUUGUCUUCCUCCUCAUCGUUCUUUUCUGCAUUGGCAGCGUCGACGAAGCCUUAAACCCCCCGUACAUCUACCCCAUAAUCGGAAUAUUUGAGCAGGCCACCAGAUCCGUUGGAGCAACCACCGCCAUGCAAACAGCGAUCACUCUCAUUGGCAUGGUAUCUAACCUUGGUGUGGUUGCAUCCGUCUCACGACUCACUUGGGCCUUUGCCCGCGAUGGGGGACUGCCGUUCUCAGCCUAUUUUGCUCAUGUCGACCGCCAGCACCGCGUACCCAAACGUGCUAUUGUAUUCGUCUGCUCUGCCGUUGUCAUUCUUUCCGUCAUCAACGCCGCGUCAGAGACAGCGCUCAGUGCCAUUCUUGCACUUUCCACCAGCUCCCUUUACGUGUCAUAUCUUAUUCCAAUUGCCAUGAUGAUCAUGCGGCGGAUGGACACUGACCGCGGGCCGAUCCGAUUUGGGCCUUGGUCUCUAGGCCGCCAUGGCAUGAUGAUUAACAUUUACUCCCUCGUCUUUGGUAUCUUCGUCUGCAUUUUUGUGCCCUUUCCGACGCAGAUCCCAGUCACCGCCGCGAAUAUGAAUUGGUCUGGGCCUGUUUUCCUCGGCAUAUGCGUAUUGCUCCUUAUAGACUGGGUUUUCCGGGCGAGGAAGAAGUAUAUAGGGCCAACGAAGUAUCUACCGCACUCAGAGGACAAGGACAACACUUCUUGA